AUGUCUUCUACUCCUCUACUUCGCGUUAAUGCACAGGUGAUUGCAAUCGCUCACACAGUUUGUUCUGUGAGUGCUUUUGUAGUUGCUCUAGCAGUGGGUUGUUCUCUCCACUAUCUGAAGAUCGUUCGAAAUGAGCAUUAUGGUUAUCCUGAUGAAUGGUUUCCUAGUGUCUCUGCCACAAUUGGUGAUAGGUAUCCAGAGAGAUCGGUUUUCCAAAUUUUGAUCGCUUUAACUUCAGGUCCGAGAUUUUUGCUUCUAUUCACAGAUUACGUUAGACUUUAUAGAGCACAUUCUAUACUUCCAAAGUUAGGACUUUUUACAGGAAUUCUAAGGACUGUUUCGUGCGGAGGUUGGGUGUAUAUCACUUCUACAGAUGACCAUAGUUUCCAUGAUUUCUGUAUGAUUUCUUACAUUGUCUUAACAAUUCCAUGGGAUACUGCAGUUACUUUACUUACCCCUCCAAGAUCCAGUCUUCGCCGGCGCAGAAAGUAUACUGCAUUUGCAUUUUUCGGAACAUUGGUUCCUUUGAUUUACCUUUACAUUCAACAUAAAGUGAAGAUUGUUCCUGGUGCUUAUUCACGUUACGCAUAUUUCGAGUGGUCUCUUAUUAUAUGGGACAUCAUUUUUGAUUCGUGGUCCAUCCAGGAUUUCAAAGAUUUGUAUAUUGAAGUCAGGCCUUCCAAGAAGGACGAUUCUUAUUUUGCUACGAACUUCAAUGUUAAGUUGCUCCAACAGAAUAUCAAGAAAGAGACUCCCGUUGAGCAGAAGUCCGAAUCCCUUUCUCCAAAGGGCACUCAAUUGAUUACUUUCAAGCACAGUAUUGCUGAUGUAAUUAAUUCUUUCAUAUUCUGGACGGUUUACUCCUCACUCUACUUGUGUAUCUGGUAUUUCCCACUAUGGCAUAUGGGUAUUUCAGGCUAUGAGGCAACCGCUGCCUCUACUUUGUCACCAAUUCUCUUGUGUAUUCCUGGCGUUCAGAGGUUAUUCACUUACAAGCCACAAAUUGCAAGAGUACUUUGUUGUCUAUUCGGUAUUGGAUCAUACUUAGUUGUGGAUCCUGCAUCAAGAUUGCUACUAAUCGGUAUUGGUUGUGCCUUUGGAUGUAUUGCAUUAGUAGUUGAGAUCUCUGCUUAUGGUCGUCUCAAUAACAUCGAGUCAACCAAGACGUAUGCAUCAACGUUUACACUUGGUUUGAUUUUAUCUGCCCUUUGUAAGUUUGCAUUUUGGACCGAAAACCCAAUAUGGCCAAUUAUGAAUGCAAAGACUGGAGGUUGGAACAAGACAGGUUUGGUGGUCGGACUUCUUGGUGCUUUGCUAACAAAGGUUCCUACUACUCCAUCAACAAAGCACUCUGAGGAAUUGUCCACUAAAAGACCAUGUUUCAUCUUCACGUUCCUUGGAUUUGGUUCCCUUAUAUUCUCAAUAUCGCAUUUGCUCACGGACACAUCCACGAUUAUUCGCUGGACUUGGACUGGAUAUCCAGUUAGAGGUCCAACGCCAGCUCCACAUGGUGCCAUUUCGCUUUGUGUGAUGUGUGCAGGUGUCAUUGCUGGUCUCGUGUAUUCAAGUAGAAGAGCUGUCAAUUUGACAACCGUGCUUGGUGUUGUUGGUGCAAUUGUUUUGUAUAUGUUCCCUCACUGGACUGGUUACAUCGGUGGUAUGCUUUACGUUUUCUGGAUAUGCUCAUUGGUUCCAACUGUGUUUUUGCAAGCAUCUAAGUGGGCUCACAGAGCAGGAAGUCUCUUUUUCUGCUCGUUUAUUGUUGCAUUGAUUCUGACAUUAAUGCACGUUUGGACUGUCGCAUACGCUUUUGUGCCUCUUGGACCAUAUAUGAGAGAAAGAAGUGAUAUCGUUUUAGGUGCAUCUGUUGUUCUUCUCUUAGGUUUAGUCUUCGGAUAUUCAUCUACAGGUUCUGGAGUAAACUACCGCGUUAAAGCUUCCGUCAUUAAGAAGUUGGGUAAUGUUUGCUUGUUAUUUGCUGUUCUCUCCGGAAUUAUUGCAGUGCAGAGAUUGCCUGUCGAGAAGCCUAAGCCAUAUCAUCCAGAAUCAAGACUCCUCACUGCUGGUAUAUGGACUAUUCACUUUGGUCUUGAUAAUGACAUGUGGGCAUCUCAAACCAGAAUGAGAGAUGCAAUGAAGGAUCUUGAAGUUGAUGUAUUUGGCCUCCUAGAAUCUGAUACUGAGAGAGUUGUCAUGGGCAACAGAGAUUUAACAGAAAGAAUUGCAGAAGACUUAAAUAUGUACACUGAUUAUGGUCCAGGUCCAAACAAAAACACAUGGGGUUGUGCUCUCUUCUCUAAAUUCCCAAUUUUGAAUUCGACGCAUUACUUAAUGCCAUCUCCUGUUGGUGAAUUGGCUUGCGCCAUUCAUGCUACAUUGGAUUGUUAUGGUGAACCCGUUGAUGUUGUUGUUUUCCAUUCUGGACAAGAAGAGGAUGUUGAAGACCGUCGUUUGCAAAGCAAUAAACUUGCUGAGGUUAUGGGUUCAAGUGACAAGCCAAUGAUUUUAAUGAGUUAUCUAGUCACUAAACCUUUGGAAGGCAACUAUAACACAUUCGUCAGUGAAAAGUCUGGUAUGCAUGAUAUUGAUCCUUCUGACGAUGAUCGUUGGUGUGAGUACAUAUUAUACAAAAAGCUUCACCGGACAGGCUAUGCCAGAGUUAGUCGUGGAACUAUCACCGAUACUGAAAUCCAAUCAGGUAAGUUCAUAAUUCCAGAGCCUGGUGAGACUUAUGAUGAGGCAUAUUCUCAGAGUAGAAUUGAUGAGGAAGAUGUCCCAGCUGAUAUGAGGUAUCCACAGAAGUUUUACGGAGAUGGUGUUAGAGGACACCAUUACCAUGUUUUUGAUGAGCCAAAGUAUUUUGAGUGA